AUGGGUUUUUCCUCAAUGCCACCAUUCGGCUCAUUUCCACCUUUUGGUUUACCUACAUCAAAUUUUCCAUCAAUGAACAGUUUUGCUUCAUCAACAACGGCUAAUUUUCCUCCUCCACCAUUACCUUCAUUAUUAUCAAAUGAUUCUACAAAUUCAAUAACAUCUGAUAUGUGGUCAAAUGGUUUAGCAGCUGCAAAUACAAAUAUUGAUUAUAAUGAAUAUGCAAAACAAUUAGGUUUACUUAUGAAUGCAUUUAAUGAACAAUCACAACUAAAACCAGAAGUUGAUAAAUCGAAAUCAUCAUCAAAUGUAAAAUCUUCAAAAUCUAAACGAUCGACACCUACUACUAAUUCUUCACCAUUAUCUUCAUCGGAUAUUAUUAAUGGUAAAACUUCUACAUCAAAACCUAUCGAUGAAUCUCAUCAUCGUCCUACAUCUACAUCAUCAUCGACAUCUUCACGUCGUUCAUCAUCAACUAAUCCGAAAAAAUCAUCAAAUCAUAAUUCGAAUGUAACAUCUUCGUCAAAACUACCUACUAAUAAUGAUUCAUCCGUACUCGAUCCAUUAGCAUUUGCAGCUGCUGCUGCAAGUGGUAGUCUUACAUUUCCUUAUUUUCUUCCAUCAUUACUUUCACAAUCAACAGGAACAAAUAAUAAUUCGUCAACAAAUUAUCCAUUCUCAGCUCUGUCAUCAUCAUUAAUAAAUCCAGCUGCAGCAAUGUAUCCAUUUUUAUCACCAGACUGGUUCACAUCAUCA